CUGUGCACAACAAGUCAGGAGCGAUGAAGCUACACCUUUUUUUAAUGUGUAUCAUGAAUUAUUUGCUGCUGACAAAUCAAGAGGAGCAGAAAUCGGAAGUGAAACGRGAAUCCUGGAAUUUACCCGACAACGUCACUUAUACUUAUCCUGACGACUAUGAUGAUGAGAACAGCUCCCCCUGCGACUCGACCGUGCCGGGAUUUAACUCCCUCGCCCUUCUGGUCAUCUACAUCAUCGUGUUUGUGUUCAGCGUCUUGGGCAACAGCGUGGUGGUCUUCGUGGUCUGCUCYAUGAGCAAAGGCAGAGCCAGCACAGAUAUCUACUUGAUGCACCUUGCCCUGGCUGACCUCCUCUUCUGUUUCACUCUCCCCUUCUGGGCCGUUGAGUCUCACUUCGGUUGGCUCUUCGGCAACCUCCCCUGCAAGUUCCUAUCCAGCUUCCAGGAGGCGUCCGUGUACAGCGGCGUCUUCCUGCUGGCCUGCAUCAGUGUGGACCGCUACUUUGCCAUCGUAAGAGCGACACGAGUGCUGUCCUCCCGCCACCUGCUGGUGAAGGUGAUCUGCGCCGCUGUGUGGCUGAUGUCCGGGUUGCUGUCUCUGCCAGUGGCRAUUCAAAGAGAGGAAAUCUYKCCAGAGGGACUGCAGAAAUCCAUUUGCUAUGAGAACCUAACCGGGGAGAGCAGCGACCAGUGGCGGGUCGGCCUCCGGGUUCUGCGGCACACUGUGGGCUUCUUCCUCCCCCUGGUGGUGAUGGCGUUCUGCUACGGCUGGACGAUGGUGACGCUGUUCAGCACACGCAGUCAACAGAAGCACAAGGCCAUGCGCGUCAUCCUGGCAGUGGUUCUGGCGUUCAUCUUUUGCUGGCUGCCUUACAACAUCACGGUUCUGAUAGACACGCUCUACCGAGGCGGGUCGCUCGAAGAAACYUGYGACGUCCGCUACAGAGUGGAGACCAUGCUGCAGGUGACCAAGGUCAUCGCCUUCCUGCACUGCAUGGUGAACCCGGUGCUGUACGCCUUCAUCGGGGAGAAGUUUCGGAACGAGCUGCUGACAGCUCUCUACAAACAGGGCAUCAUCAGCAAGAAGCUCUGGGUGUCUUACAGGAAGGGUUCUGCRGCCAGCGUGGCUAGUCUAAGGUCCAGAAACACCUCUGUGUCGGUGUAAGCUAACGCUGUCUGUGGGCUAUGUUCACACAGCACGUCUUGAUGCUCAGUUCCAAUAUUUUUUWGUUUUUCAUGGUCAUUCAUAGUAAUAAACCCAACUUCRAUGAGGUUUCUGUGCAAACGGUUCAUGACCCAAAGCGACCUGCUUGUGCAGAAGAACACCGGACUAUAAAUCAGUMACAAUCUAUAAAGCAGYAAAGAUGUGACCAGCAUCAAUAGACAAUACGUCCGAUUGAAUAUUCAAGAAUUUCACUGAACUCUGAUCCAGAACCGCACAGCAUUCUGGGGGAUGUAGGCACAGGAAAGGCUUCAGCAACCAGCCAAGCAAGGUUGGUGGCAUCCAUCAAGUAACUCACCCACUCUGGUCACCUGGCAACAACCUGCUGAGUAACUUGUGGUCACCUGGCAACAACCUGCUGAGUAACUUGUGGUCACCUGGAAACAACCUG